AAGAAAUGAAAUGAAUUAUGACUUGUGCUUUGAGUUUAAAUAUUUGAUUUGAAUCUAAACUUUUGGAAAUUAAAGUGACUCGUAAAUGCGCAUCAAUAAGUGCAACUACUAGUUCAAUACGAUAUAUCAGUAUUUUGCUUAUACCUAGUCUGUUUCAAUUGCGGGGGUUGACGUCAGGUCAUACUCAGCUUCAAGCUUGAUUUUCGCCCGGUCGCAACACCUUUUAAUAGCCCCGCACCACUGCUACGCAAGGCAAGCAAGAGUCUAGUACUGCAUCAUUUGCGCCUAAUCCUCGCCCUCUCGCCCUUCUUACUUCGCCCCCGCAGUGUUGUCACUUCCUAGCUAUUACAUACUUUGGUUCUACCCACUUCCAAACCUCUUUACUACAUUACAUCAAAUAUUUUAGAAUCAAAUUAGAGUUUGUCCGCUUUCAACCAACACAAACCGUAAACUCUAACUCGGUCACAAUUAGAAUCACACAUUACUCACACCACUCAACGGUGCGCCGAACUUACAAACCUACAACAAACUAAAAUCACAUUAUAUACUAUAUUAUACUAUAUUAUACUAUAUUAUACUACUACAAUGUCCGCGUACGACCCGUACGAUCCUCCCCCGCGCGACUAUUCCCGCCGCCAUUAUCAUGACGACCGUAGAGAUAGGGCUAGUCCUCGUUACGCCGAAACACAGGAAACCUACUAUAAAGUAAACCCGUCUAGUAGAACAGCGCUUAUUCCUCGAGCCCGCGAAGACAGCGAACUCUCAGUCGAGGAAGUACGCCGUGACUUUCCCCCUCCCGGGUACUCCCGCGAUAUCCGUAGGGCCCGUUCCGCCGAGCCUGAUGACUAUUAUUAUGACUCGCGUCGCUCUCACGACGUAGCUAGAGAUCGUCGACCUCACAAAAAACCAGGUAGUGUUUACUACGAGGAGGAAGAGAGAACUCGAAAGCGUGUUUUGUCGAAACAAGAAAAGAUCAUUGCGGCUGUCGCCGGUGGACUUCUUGCCGCUGGCGCUAAGGAAAUUUGGGACCGCCGCGAGGCCGAGAAGGACGGUAUUGAUGUGCAUCGCAACAUAGCCGCCUCAGCUGCUCUCGGUGCCGCUGGUGCCUUUGCUGGCUACCAGGGAGCUGAUUUCUACAAUAAGCACAACAACAAGGACGACAAGAAGUCAACCUACAUUGUUCACAAGGGUCGAGAUGGUCGAGUAGUCGAAUAUUAUUCUGAUGAUGACGACGACGACCCGAAAAACCACAAGGGUAACAAAUCUUUCCUUGAGAAUGCACUUGCGGCGGCUGGUCUUGGCGGUGCAAUCAAAGCCCUUACCGGUGGUGGCGGCUCUGACCGAGAAUCGAGAAGUCGUCACGGAAGUCGUCGUGGUAGCCCGGACUCGUACCGCUCAAGAGACAGCCGAAAAAGUACCCGAGACAAUCCUGCGGCUAGAAUGCAAAAGGCCGCUAAGGCGUCGUUAGUCGCCGGCGCCGCAGAAGCUUUCCGAGUUGCGAAAGAGCCAGGUGGCUGGAAGGGAGAGAAGAUGAAGCGAGUACUUACAGCGGCUGCUGGUGCAGCGGCCGUCGAUGCCGCUCAUGAUCCUUCUAAGGAUAGCAAACGCCACCUUGUGGAAUCCGUUAUCGGUGGUCUUCUCGGUAACCGCGUGCUGAAUGGCUCUAGGAAAGACAUUGAGGAGGACCGAAUGACUGGCCGAAGCAGAUCCCGCUCUCGCGCUCGCUCCACCCGCUCCGAGGGUGGCGGAGGGAGCGGUCUUGCAGGAUUAGCCGCGGCGGGCUUAGGCGCUUUGGGCGCCAAGAAGCUUGUCGAUAGUCGAAGUCGAUCUCGGGGACGUCGCGAUGACAGCGUCGAUUCGUAUGAUAGUCGCAGUCCUUCACCGCGCAGACGCCGUAGCCGCAGCCGUAGCCAAAGUAUUGUUGACGGCGCACGGCGCAGUCUCGCCAAAAUUGGCAUUGGGAGUGGCCCCGCCAGCGACAAAGAUGAUGACUACUACGACGAUCGGUCUUCCCGCCGGAAUCGUCGCAGGAGCCCACCAGACGACCGCUACGAUGAUGACUACAAGUCUUCUCGUGGUUACAUGAGAGGCGGCCGAGGCCCUGCAAAUGACGACCCUUACGAUGAUUAUGAUGAGGAGGAAAGGUCAAUUGGUGGACGGCCCCGCAGUACAUCCCGUUCACGAGGAGGUAGGUCUAGUUCCGCUUCUAGUAGCGAUCUUGGAGAUUCAGAUGAAGAUAAGAAGAUGACGUCAAAGAUGCGACGUAAGCAACUUAUUACAACCGGGUUAGCAGCUGUCGCAACCAUUCAUGCCGCUCACAAUGUGUACGGCAGCAUGGGACAGCGUGACGCAAGGCACAGAGCAGUCAAGGAAGGUAAACUGAGCCCAGAAGAGGCUAAAAAGUUGAAGACUAAGGCACUCUUGCAAGAUGCGGCAUCAGUCGGCAUUGCAGCAAUGGGUGUUAAGGGCGCCAUCUCGGAGCUCAAGGAAGCUCGAGAGCAGGCUAAAGCAGUUAGUGAAUGGAAAGAGGAGAAACAGAGACGUCACGAUAAAAGAAUGGAGCGAUUAAAGCGAGCAAAUUCCAGUAAUAGUGGCAGGUCAAGGGCUGACAAUUACCAAUCUUCAGCUCCGCCGCGAGAAAGUCGGUACGACGAUGGACCUCGUUACACCGAUGGAAAUCCCUAUUCUGCUGCCUUGCCCGCGCCCCCAGUGGGUUACGACAGGAGGUGACAGGUAGGGUGAUUCGUUGUCACCUUGCAUCGCUUACUUCACUGUACGCCCACCAGAAAUUU